UUUUUUUUUCCUAAAUAAACAAAACAAAACAAAAACAAAAAGAAUAUGUUUAAUAGUAAUAAUAUAUCUAUUCAACUUCAAAAUUAUCAUAUAUCAACAGCUAUGGAUAAAGUAGCCAGUCAUAAUGAAACUAUUGCUAUUCAUCCUUUAGCUAUGAAUGAUAAAUCUAUCAAUAGGGCAUCAUUAUUUUCUUCUACAAAUACGAUUAAAAAGGAAGAAGAAUUAACGGUAUCAGCAAGAUCACUUAUGCAUCAUGAUUUGAACCCAGAAUUUAACAAGAAAUAUAUCCUUGGUCAAGAACUUGGAACAGGAGGAUAUGGAUUUGUUGUGUCUGCCUAUGAACGAGAGACAGGGAUUGAACGAGCUGUUAAAUUUAUUAUUCGUCAUAAAGUACCUUCAAGUGCUUGGGUGAAUGAUCCUCAAGAAGAUGGUUUAGUUCCAAUGGAAAUUUAUUGUCUAAAGCAUAUUCAACAUACAAAUAUUAUUCACUAUUUGGAUUCUUAUAAAGAUGACGUCUAUUUCUAUUUAGUAAUGGAGAUACAUGGUACACAAUGGACAACAAGUACACCCCAAUUAUUAACACAUGAUUCACAAACAGAUGAAGAUGAAGAUGAAGAUGAGAUAGAGACACCUACGACCACUCUUCAUCGACCUUUUGUACGUCGUACUUCAUAUGAUUUAUUUGAAUGUAUUGAACGUCAUAAGAAGUUUAACGAAACACUUGCAAAACACAUCUUUAAACAAGUUGUAGAAUGUGUCGCUUAUCUAGACGCUAUCGGUAUUUGUCAUAGAGAUAUCAAAGAUGAAAACAUAGUCAUUGAUAACGAAUACAAGGUAAAAUUAAUUGAUUUUGGUUCUGCGGUCAUUUUACCUCGCAGUAAGAGAUCACAAAAUAGAAAAGUAUUUACAAAAUUCUAUGGUACCAUCUCUUUUGCUUCACCUGAAAUCUUAAUGUCUAAACCUUAUUAUGCUGAACCUGCCGAGAUUUGGUCCCUUGGUGUCUUAUUAUUUACAUUAUUAUUUGGUGAGGUUCCCUUUUCAGAUUCUAAAUCUGCUUGUAAAGGACGUAUUCUAUUUCCUGAUAUUGCUGUUUCUCAAAAAGCAAGACAUUUAAUAAGUUCUUUAUUGAUAAAGAAUCCAGCUCAACGACCAGAUAUUCAUGAAGUAUUAUCACAUCCAUGGCUUGUCACUUUAGAUUAAUUUAGUGAGAUGACGUUCUUUUUAUCUAUCUCUCUUUUUUUAUAUAUCUAAUUUUGCUUAAUACAAUUAAUGCUAUACAUGUAAAAAGAAAAAAAAAUAAAAAAAAAAGCACAAAACAAAAAAGAACACAUGCUAUUAUUACUAUUACAACUAUUACCUAUACAUAAUAAUUUACCCCUCCCACUUACCCCUUUAUAUAUUUACAUAAUUGGGCAUUUUAUUAUCCUAUCUUAUUAUUCUAGUUUGGCAUGCCAAAAAAAGAAAUAAAAAAUAAAAUAGAAUAUAUUAUAUUAAUUUAUAUUAUUAGAAAAUGUACUCACACUAGUCUAAAAUAAACUACAGCUAUAUAAUAAUAGUAAAAUAAGUAAGUGAAUAAAUAAAUGAAUGAAUGAUGACUCUAUUCUUAUCUUCUGUGUAUAGAUGAUGUAUA